AUGCCGCUCGUAAAACCCCCGGUACGCCGGGCCGAUUUUCCUCGCCACCGAGAUCUUGAUCUGUUCUCUCAACCUCGAGCCCGCCACCACCCACGACAACGCUUCAUGUACGCCUCCUCGUACAAUUGGAGGCGAGUGGUCGCCGUUUAUCGGGAGAACGCGUUCGGAACCGAUUCCUCCGGCGAGUUGACUCUUCUCUUCGACGCAUUGCACGAAGUCGGGACUGAAAUAGAGCACCGAGUAGUACUUCCUCUGUUUCUGCCGUCGAAAUCUUCAAACGCCGUCGUUCAAUAUGAGCUGAUAAAGGUUAUCGAUUCGGUUCAAUCUCGGGUGUUCAUCGUCCUUCUAUCUUCCCUUCCCGUGGCGGUUGAUUUGUUCCCGGAAGCGAAGAAGUUGGGACUCAACGGAAUGGACACGACGUGGAUUUUGACGGCGAGAGUGGUAGAGUAUCUUGACUCUGUCGAUCCCUCUGUUCUCUACUCCAUCGAAGGAGCUCUAGGAAUCAGAACUCAUCGUACAGAAUCUUCCACCUUGUUUCGUGAAUUCAAACCUCAAUUCGGGAGGAAAUUCAGGCUCAAUUACCCAGAUGAUCAUUACUCCGAGCCCAGCUUCCACGCUCUGCAAGCUCACGACAGGAUUUCAAUGAUAGGACGAGCUCUAGAAAAGAAGACGGCAAGCCAGAUCAAAUUGUUGGAGAACAUAUUGGAAAGCAAAUUCACUGGUUUAACCGGCCGGAUUGAGUUCAGGGAUGGCGGGCUGGUGUCGCCGGAGGAAAAUGCUCUGGGGAUUGUCAAUGUCGUGGGAAAUGGGUACAAGAAGCUGAACUUUUGUGUGCCGCCGGAGAUGAAUUCCGGUAAACUGAAGCCAGGAGGUCACGUGGCCAGGGGACCCACUGAAUCUUAA